AUGUGGGAUUUUUGGGUUGCUUCUGCCUUUCUGAUGAGCUAUGAUUCUCGUACCGUGGACAAGUCAAUUCCUUAUCCAGCUAAGUCCUAUUUCGCUGCGUCCGAGCCAGUUUCUCAUCUUGCCGCUGUCACAGCCUUGGAUAGGGAACUACACAAACUUGCUUCGAUGGCUCUCAAAUUUUGUCAUUACCUUUGUACAUGCACAGCCCAAUGA